CCUGUUGCAACGUUUUCUGUUUGUGCUCUUGAACGCACCCUGUUUACGUUUCCCGACCAGCUGAGUACUUGGACCAGCCUUUAAGUUUGCAAUGAAGUAGAAUUUCCUGAUCACUGAUCGUUUGGCUGUGUUGCCAUGUAUAAUCAUAUUUAUGGGGCCAUGGCUGGAGCAGCGCUGAGGCGGUCUGUGCUCUUCUUAUCUGGCGCUAAAGGAGUCCGAGGGUCGAACCGGUUCUACUGGACCACUCUAAGAAGGACAGCCACUGCUCUGACUAGUGGGAGAGCUGCAUUCCUGCUGGGACUGCCUCUGCUUUCCUGUCUGGGUUAUAAAGCUUACAGAGUUCAUGGUUCAGCUGUUGUCUAUGCUUUAGAAAAAGAGGAGGUUCUGGAGCAGGCCGACUACCUGUACAGCUGUGCAGAGACAGAGAAGCUGUACCAGCUGCUGCUGCAGCACAAGGACAGUGAUGAUGCUCAGUUCCUGUGGCGGCUGGCCCGGGCCUCUCAUGACAUGUCGGCCCUGCCCAACAUGAGGGCCGAGCAGAAGAAGCAGCUGACUUAUGAGGCCUUCGAAUACUCAAAGAAAGCUCUGGAGAAAGACGACAAGUGUUUCGCUGCACACAAAUGGUAUGCAGUGUGUCUCAGUGAUGUCGGGGAAUACGAGGGAGUCAAAGUGAAAAUUGGAAAUUCAUUAAUCAUCCGGGAUCAUCUAGAGAAAGCCGUCGAGCUCAAUCCCAAAGACGCCACUUCCUAUCAUAUUCUGGGUUACUGGUGCUUUGCUUUUGCGGAGCUGCCUUGGUAUCAGCGCAAGGUGGCCGCUGUCAUUUUUGCAUCGCCACCUGCAGCCACAUAUGAGGAAGCUUUGGAAUUCUUCUUGAAAGCUGAGGAAGUUGAUCCAAACUUCUACAGUAAAAACCUGCUAAUGCUCGGGAAGACCUACAUCGGCAUGAACGACAAAGGCAAAGCACUGUUCUAUCUAACUAAAGCAAGAGAUUAUCCUGCUCACACACUGGAAGACAAAGAGGUUCAUAAAGAAGCAGCUGAACUCUUGAAGAAACUAGGAUGAAGCUGUUUUUUUUUUUUACCCAUUUUGUGGAACAUGAUGUAUUUUGGAUGUAACUUUUAGUCCAAUAACUGCUAACAAGUGUCCAGAUUCUGUAAUUAACUCUGGAGAACUAUGUGUAAAUCUUUACUUAAUAUAAACAAUAAAGUUAAAAUUUUGCAGUUAAGAAAGUGAUAAA